AUGACUCAGUACUCAGGAAAGAUCGUGUUCUACGAGGGAAAAUGUUUCACUGGGAGGAAGCUGGAGAUCUGCAGCGAGUGCGACAACUUCCAGGACCGUGGCUUCAUGAACAGGGUCAACUCUGUCCGUGUGGAGAGCGGGGCCUUCAUCUGCUUCGACCAUCCAGACUUCAAGGGCCAGCAGUACAUUCUGGAGCACGGAGAGUACCCUGAAUUCCAGCGCUGGAAUGCCCAUAACGAUCACAUGGGCUCCUGCAGGCCAAUCAGGAUGCAUGGAGAGCACUACAGGAUGGAGCUGUUCGAAGGAGACAACUUCACCGGCCAGUGUGUGGAGCUGUGCGACGACUGUCCGUUCCUGCAGGCCAGAGGUCUGACCAAGAACUGUGUCAACUCCAUCAAGGUUUACGGAGACGGAGCCUGGGUCCUGUAUGAGGAGCCGAACUACCGCGGCCGCAUGUACAUCGUGGAGAGAGGAAAUUACUGCACCCACAUGGAGUGGCAGGCGGAGAACCCCAACAUCCAGUCUAUUCGCAGGGUGGCGAACUACUUCUAAAUCUCAUCUCACUGCCGGGGUCGUCCACAGAAGAAAAAUACACCACACUCUCAAGUCAUCUCCCGCUGACUCUGUGGGACUGUAAAAUAAUAAAAGACAAGGAAAAUG